CAAAUAAGCAGUGAAUAAAAGAACAAAUGGAGAGUACAGAAAAAGAAACCAAAGGAUGAUGAUGUUGAUUUUACAAACAAUACCAAUACCACUGCUAACGGCGGCGGCGGCGACUAGGUUCAGUCCUACCACUACUGUCCAUGGCUUCUCAACCCCAAACCCCUCAUAUUCAAUCAAACCCAAACCAUUCCCUGUCCCAUGUCUCUCACUCUCCUCUGCUACUACUUCUUCCACCACACAACACACAACCCUUCUCGUGGACACUUUCCACGAGCACCGUAUCCUUAAAAACUUGAUCAAAAAGCUCAGUCGGACAGGCUCGUGUCCUUUGCAAUUGCUUCGACAGGAUGGAGAUUGGACCAAAGAGAAUUUCUGGGCUGUUGUUACUUCUCUCAGACAUCAGUCAAGGUCCAUGGAAAUCCUUCAGGUUUUUGGUAUGUGGAAGAACAUUGAGAAAUCACGGAUAAAUGAAUUGAAUUACAACAAGACAAUAAGAGUGCUUGUUGAAGAUGGUCUGAUGGAAGAAGCAGUAAUGUUGUUCGAUGAGAUGAAGAGACAUGGUCUUAGUCUUUCUUUGGAAACCUUCAAUUCAAUUAUCCAUGGGUUCGCAAGAAAAGGGUGCUUCGACAAGGCUUUAUCUUACCUUGAUGAGAUGAAGGAAGUCAAUGUGGCACCAGAGAGUGAUACUUAUGAUGGACUUAUUGAAGCUUAUGCAAAACAUGAGAUGUACGACGAGAUAGGAAUGUGCUUAAAGAAGAUGAAACUGAACGACUGUCCACCCGAUCACAUUACUUAUAAUUUACUUAUGAGAGAGUUCUCACGAGCCGGCUUGCUCAAAAAAAUGGAGAGUAUAUAUCACACUAUGAUUUCUAAGAAAAUGUAUUUGCAAUCUUCCACUCUGAUCAAAAUGCUAGAGGCUUAUGCAAGAUUUGGAAUCUUGGACAAGAUGGAUAAGUUCUACACAAGAGUAUUGAUAAUGAAAAUCCCUUUGGAGGAAGACUUGAUUAGGAAACUAGCUGAGAUUUAUAUUAAUAACUAUAUGUUUUCCAAGAUAGAGACCUUAGGGGUUGAUCUUUCUUCAGUAUUUGGCGAAACUGAGCUUCUUUGGUGUCUUCGUCUUCUUUCUUAUGCUUGUCUUUUAAGUCGAAAGGGUAUGGAUUCCGUCAUUCAGGAGAUGGCAGAUGCAAACUUCCCGUGGAAUGUAACGACUGUAAACAUCAUCAUGUUAACUCAGCUGAAGAUGAAAGAUUUCACACACUUGAGAAUUUCACUCUCCCAGUUAACUUAUACUGUGAAACCGGAUAUUAUUAGCAUCGGCAUUCUUUAUGAUGCAAUUAGUAUGAGUUUUGAUGGGACUGAGGUUUUCAAAACAUGGAGAAGGAUGGGAUUUCUUUCUGAAGCUGUUGAAAUGAACACUGAUCCAGUGGUUCUUACUGCUUUUGGAAAGGGGCAUUUUCUUAAAAGCUGUGAAGCUGUCUACGCUUCUCUUGAACCAGAAUUUAGAGAAAAAAAGACAUGGACAUACCAUAAUCUCAUUGAUUUGGUGUCCAAAACACAAAGGAAGUUAACUUAGUAUAAGGAGGCAGAGUAAGUCAAGAUACACUACUAGCUUCUUCUUUUCUCAUGGACGAUAACAGGUGCGCGGAUGAUGAACGGUUAAUCAAAUUUUAAGCACAUAAUCAAUGUGUGCUUUAAAUUUUCCUUGUGCUGCCAUGAUUAUGUAAGAGGAAAUAUGUGGUUCUGAGUACUAAUUUUGGUCCUUCUUAGUGAGGCCUCCAGUUUUUCAGAUAGUAACUUGUGGUAUCUGUAAAUGAUUGAGCAAAGCGCAUUCGAUAGGGCGAGAUGAUGUUGCCGAGUAUGAACUGGGCUUCUGCAGAACUAGCAAGAGUAUGUUUUUUUUUUGCAGGUACAAAAUGGAGACAUAUGCUUUUGUUGAUUAGCUUGGGGAGGAAAAUAAAGAAGAAAAAGAAGCUAGUCAUCUGAAACUGUAAGUUGUGGAGAAGAAAUAUUUUCUAUGGAACUCUUAUAGAUAUAGUACUAUCAAUUGUAUGUAAGAGAAAUUAAUUGACAGACUUUUUGACAAUGCUUAUAAUACUCUCUCUCUCUCUCUUAUAUAUAUACAUAUAUUACUAUCAAUUGUAUGUAAGAGAAAUUAUUUAACAGACAUUUUGACAAUGCUAAUAUUACUCAAUCUCUAUCAUGUCA